UUCUUUCAGGAAUUAGACAUUUUUGUUCAACCCCUAGCUGAGGAACAUUUCUAGGGAUGGAUUCUGCUUCACAUAAACAUAAACAUUCACAUCACCCUCACAACAGAAAGCACAAACAUUCGAGGAGCCGUGAGAAAGAAAACAAUUCGAAGAGAUCCAACUCUCAGUACGAGGAGAGUGAAGAUAUGUACGGAGUGUACAGAGAUGCACAGCUACAGUUCAACAGCAGUACAGAGACAAGUACAGAUCAUAAUACAGAACCUAGCCUUGAUAUUGAAUCUAUGUACAAGGAUUCAUUGUACUCACACCAGAAUGGAGGUUUAGAGGAUACAGUUGGGAACCAAGGGAGAGGCAAUCACCGGUGGUUAAGUGGGGAAGUGGAAAAAGUAAGUAGAUUCACAUCUACUCCAGGUACCCAGGAACAUACGGAGAUAAGAUCCAGACACGAUACAAGAUUUUCCAGACAGGAUGGAGACAGCUCAAGAGAGAUUCGAUCCAGAGAAAGUGUUCGAUCCUCUAAAGAUCGCGAGGCAAGAGGAUCUUCUUCAAGCAGACAAACUUGGGAUCGACAAGAGGGAAUGAAUACAGAUCAUUCAAUGAGAGCAUCAGGGAGGAAUUUCCAAGAUAACAGAAAGAGGUUGGAGGAUAGAGGAUACGAUAACCAUCGGAGGUCAGAGGACAGGACUCAUGAUAACCAUAGCAGAUCGGAGGAGAGAAUACACAACAACCAUCGGAGGUCGAAGGACAGGAUGCAGGAGAGUAUGAGACGACCGGAGGAUAGAAUUCGACAAGAUGCUGUCUCCCGAGGAGCAGAAAGUGGGCAAAUUAGAUCGCCGACUCUUGAUGAAAGGUAUUUGACCAGAGAUCGUCCGAGGGGACUAGAAAUAGUCCGGCCAUCAAGUGGCUUGACCAUUGGACGACCUCUAAGUGGGUUAACAGGAGGACGACCUGGAAGUGGACUAGCAGAAGCAGCUGCAUUAGUUGGACUAGCUGCUCCUAAGAUACCGCCUCCGAUACCACAGAAGCCGGAAGUAAUUCGAAAUGGGCGAAUUGAGGAUUGUUGGCCGAACUCCUUUAGAAAAUACGCUGCGAGUGAAGUUUGUCAGGACCAGGAUAGCCUAGACGGUCACUCCGUCCUUCCCUCGCCGCUUGACCGGAAACCUCCGCCCCACAGACCGCCCAAACCAGCGGUAGAUCCGCCCAAACUCGCCACACCAUCACCUAGAAAACUCUCUGAAGUUGAUACAAAGAGUGGAGACUGGGACAGGUCUCAGGAGUUCUCCGAACCGGAGCCUGAAAGUGAUGGUGAGAGCUCUAGUCUGCCGUCUCCUCCCUCCCAGUCCUCGAAACCAACUGUAAAACCCAGUAUGGAGAGACCAGAUAGAGCACAGAGUAAUUACUCACAUAAGACCGCCAUAUCAAAAAACUCGAAAACAUCACGAGUAACCUCAAGUAGACCUCAGGGCAAGACUGAAGUUUCCAAGAUGCCGUCUAUAUCUUUGAAUCCAUUUUCUGGAGUUCUCUGGGACAGAAGAGAACCCUUUAAGCAACUGUGGAUAACAUUGUCAGCUAUGUAUGGAAAGUUUCUUGUACUUCUGAUGAUAGCCUUCUGUCUGAUUGAAGUUAUGGAUAAUAAUAUCAAACCUUUAACUUUCCAGGCAUAUUUCAUGAUGUAUCUGUAUAUUGGAUCUAUUAUUGCUAUAAUGUGUAUAUAUAUCACUGUUCUUCUGGACAACUGCCCUUCAGUAUCAUCGAGCAGGUUAGUCAUUUUAAAGGACACACUUUUGAAGAGCUGGUUGGGGCUCUGGGUAGGUAUUUUAUCUCAGGGUUGGGGCCCUAAAUUUUACAUUUUUUACAUUUUUUACUGUAUUUGUAUAAUUAAAUAUUUGCUAAUUCUAGUAUUUGGAUUGGGUACUCUCAUCUUCAACGGUCUGGAGAUUGCAAUGCACGCAACUAUGAACAAUAAAAACUGUGUUGAUGAUGUUGUUCUUGCACAUCCCAUUCUUCAGGCUCUUUUUACCUUUCUGCAGAUGCACUUCUUGUUUGUUAAUUCGACUGUAAUUGUGGAAAAAUUCGGCCUUUUAGCCAGGUUUGGAUUUAUCCACCUGGUGGCCACCAACCUAUCCCUGUGGGUUCGAACUAUUAUCUGGGAAAGUGCUAGUGAAUGGGUUCAUCAUGUUUACACCAAGAACCUGGCACCAGCGCCCAGUGACGUCAUCAGAGUUCCAGAUAGGAGCAUAGAGAUGACGUCAUCAGAUGAUGAUUUUGCGUUCCACGAUAGAAUAGAUAUUGGGAACUAUGAUUACACAGAUAGAUCUACAGCCUUCAGUCUUAUUCAAGCCAAUAGAGGAAAUUUGCAUUGCAACAAUUCAUUUUUGAUGUCUCCGAAGCAUAUCAGUCAGAAAAUCAGAGUGCUUGGCAAAUUCAUUGUUGAAUACAGUUUGAUAGCCGCAGCGGUCACCUAUAUCAUGUGGAGGUCUGUAGGACAAGAUAAAAUGUCCAAGACUGAAGGAAAGAAGAUGGAAGAUGAAGAUACAGCAAAGAAGAGAAAAUACUGGAGGGUUGACUGCCAAAGUGCAAGCAAAGUUUUAAUUAUUUUCUUCGUGAUGAAAGAUAAUCCAGAAUACCGGGGCCAAAUGUUCUGGAUCUAUUCAGGAGCAGAAAUCGUUAUUUUUGGUUUGAGCAUAUUCGCUUCAUUUAUUGGAUUUAUCCAGAUUCAGAAAUUGUCGCACACCUUCAGUGCUCCUUAUGAUUUGGACACCCUGUUGUCAACUGUCACGAUCACCGGAAGUUACAUCUUCGCCAUCUUUAGCGCACUUGCCGCGGUUAUGUCUCUAGGAGAAACUAAGAGCAUAAUCAUCUUUACUCAGAAUAUAAUGCUCAUAGUACAGAUCACUUUGCAAGGUAUGAUUAUGAGUGAAGCUGGCCGGCGUGUUUGUAUGACUAGAUCCCAGCAGACCGCUAAACCUGGCAGACAAAUUAUAACCUUCCUUCUCUUCGCUAAUAUCACUCUCUGGAUCCUGGAUACUUUCAUCUCUAACAAACAGAUCACUCAGGGAAUACAAACCGAGUUCUACGGUCUUCUAGCUUGGGGAAUUAUUUCAAGAAUAUCCCUUCCUCUUCUUAUAUUUUACAGAUUCCAUUCUUGUGUUGUACUUGUGGAAAUCUGGAAAAACACGUACAGAACUAAGGAUAUCUUGUGAAACAACGGACCUGCCGCCAGCCCAUUCAUCUUUAAUCUUUUCGUCUAUCUUCAUUCAGUAUUCUCCAGACUUUCAUAUUCUUCUCUUUCUAAUUAUACAUCUUCUUCUUCAUCUUCCUCCUACACCCUCUCAUCUUCUUCCUCUUAUCAGGCUGAUCUUCUUUAUCAAGAUCCAAACUCAAAAUAUU